CCUCCUCUUCGUCCCCAGCUCUCCUGCGGCUGCGAUGCUGACCACACCUCGGACAGCGGCCGCUGCGCUGGAGCUGCACAGCCCCAAGGAGCCCGGGGAGCCACCGCCCCCCGCGCAGGGCACUCGGCGGGCAAGCAGCGGGGAAGCGCCCAGCGCCCAGCGGGAGGCCUUGGUGCCAGGCCUGGGCACCUUCCGGCGGGCCUUCUCCCGGGUGAGCCAGCGGGCCGCGGGCCGCGCCUCGGAGGAGGACCCAGGCCUGCUCCGCCGCAGCUCCCGCUUCCUGUUCCGGUCCCUGCGGCGCUCCCAGGACGACAGGCCAGCUGUGGGCCAGUGCCAGGCCCCUGCUGUGCCAGGGCCGGGCCACGGCCCCGAGGAGCCCUCCAGGGCCACUGACGGUGUCGGCCGGCAGGCUUCCCCCAGGGAGGAGCCGGAGGAGCCGGAACCCGAGGCAGGCAAAUCCGUGGCGGAUCUCAUCACCGAGUGGCAGCUGCUGGCGGCCUUCGAACAGCUGCAGCGCCUGGAGACGCGACUGGUGGCGGAGAAAGCGUCGCACACCUUCGAGCACGACCCCACGGGCUUCGCGCGGCGGGCCAUGGACGUGUGCCUGCAUUACGACGGGCUGGGCGCGGAGAUCCGCGCCAUCGUGCGCGAAACGCUGGGCCCCGACGGCGUGGCCGCGGACGCGCUGGCCGAGCUGGCCCACGUCGUGCGCGCCGAGGAGGAGGCCCACCCGGGCUCCCCCGCCGACGGCGACUUCCUGCGCACGCCGCGCCGCUGGCGCCAGCACUGGGAGGACGCGGUGCGGCGGAGCGCGCAGGAGCGCGUGCAGCGGGCGGGCGCCGGGGAGGCCGGGGAGGCCGCGGAGGGGGCGUCGGGCCUGGCGCGCCUGCUGGCCGAGCUGGGCGGCCUGGUUCGCCGCGACCUGCAGAAAGUGCGGCUGGAGGUGCAGCCCGCGUACGCGGCCGCCGGCUUCCCGGCCUGGGAGACCUACCUGCGCGCCUACCACGGCGCCGUGGCCCAGCGCCUCCAGGAGCUCGCGCGGGACGCCCGCGGCUGCGAGCAGCUCUACAUCCUGCUGGACUGGGCCGCCAAUGUCUACGGCAGUCCUGAUUUCCUGGGCGCUCCGGACCUGACUCUGUCCACGGAGCCACUGCCCCCGCUCCUGGCCCCAGAAGUGUGGGCCCAACUGGAGAGCGAUUACACCAGCUUCCUAGAGACCAAGAUCGCCAGCUGCUUCGAGAGCAUCUUGAAGUUGGAGCAGAGCCGCUGGGCAGCCGCCGUGGCCCCAGAGGUGCUGCAAGGCCGGUACCACUCGUCGCUGUCCAUCGACAUCCACAUGCUGGUGGCAGAGCACGUGAAGGCGGCGGGGGCCAUCUCGGCGGAGCUGGAGGCCACCACCUUGCGGAUCUGCGCGCGGGCGCUCGGCCACUUCCUGCCCAGGUUUGAAAAGACUUUUCUGGAGUCGGAGGCGGUGAGCGAGCCGCACCUGGGCGCCUACAUCAACGCCUUCGAGGAGCUCAGGACCAACCUUCUGGCCAGGUUCCCAGGAGCCUUCACGGAGCUGGAGCAGCCCCUCGUGGCUGCCACCGGCAUCUUCCAGAAGCGGCUGCUCCAGGGUUUGCAGCACGACGUGCAGCCGCUCUUCAGGCUCCUGUGCACCAAGGCCUGGCUGACGCAGGACGCGCUGCGGCCCCUCAUGGACAAGGUGGUGGCCUUUGCCGGCCACCUGGAGCGCGUGGCGCCACCUCGCGCCCAGGAGACUCUGCAGGAGGCGCACCGCUACGUGGUCCGCGAGUACCUGGCGCAGGCGCUGAGGCCACGCGAGCGGCUCCGGGGCGCCGAGCGCCUGACCGGCUCCCAGAAGAUGGGCCAGGACGCCCAGGCCAUCGGCGACACCUUCCGGGGCCUGGGCUCGGAGGCCACGUGGCUGGACCAGGCGAUCCCGUGCGUGGCUGACAUCCUGGGUGAGACCCACAAAGACGACAUCCAGCGGCACCUGGAGGCGCUCAUCGGGAGCUACCCCGACAUCAGGCGGGAGCACGUGUUGGCCAUCCUGGCGCUGCGCCGCCUGGGCCGCGGGCGGAACCACCGCCUCCUGCAGCGCGCCCAGGACCUGCUGAGCGCGGGCCCCGCCGGCCCCGCGGGGGGCCACGUGCUCUUUGCGGAGAUCCCGGUGCCCGCCUCCGUGGACCUGCUCAUCACCUGCAUCUAGUGCUCCGGGGAGCAGAGCUGACCUCAGGGGGCGCUGCAGGAGGUGGCGGCUCAGCCACUGUCCCCCGGGCCAGGGAGGCACUCCCAGCCCUGCCCCGUCUAAGCACUGAGUCAUGAAACUUCCAUCCUCAGCCACGCGUGGCCGCUGGGCCAGAAGGGACAGCAGUGAGAGAGGCAUUUCAGGCAUUUGCGGGGGAGCGUGGGGCAGGGGCUCCCGUCCCUGCUGCCCGGCACCACCCCUGUCUGAGCACGAGACACAGAGUUUUGAAAAAUAAACACGAGCCCUGACCGGUGUGGCUCGGUGGAUAGAGCGUCGG